AUUUGUUCAGCUCACGCCAUUGCCAUUCGCCGUAACUUUCGGAAACUUUUCGCCUUCAUUUUAAGCUGCUUUCGGUCUCAAGAACCGACGCCGACAGGACUUACAUCUGGACCGGACAUAUUCGCCUCUUGUUUGUGUACAUGUGAGAGGAUUUACCAGAAUAACGCACACUUUCGGCGACAUUUAAAGGAAACUGAGGGGAUUUUAUAUGCUAGUCAUAUUUUAGACACUUCUCAGAGACUCCAGACAACCAUGUCGGGGGGUAUCGGUAUAUAUGCGGUCAAGAAACGGAAGAAGCCCGUUCAGAAAAUACCCAAACCACCACCACCCGAUGGUGUGAAAUCCAACCCCUCCAAGCGCCACAGAGACCGGUUGAACAGCGAAUUGGACAAGCUGACCAACCUUCUACCCUUCUCAGAAGACGUCCGUGCGCGGCUGGACAAACUUUCAGUGCUUCGACUCAGUGUUGGAUACCUGAAGGUCAAGAGCUUCUUCAAUGCCACAAUCAAAAAGACAGGAGGAAAUGGAUGGCUAAAUGACCGGUCAGGGGCUUUUGGAGGAAACGGACAGUCAGCAACCAGUCUGGAUGGAGUCAGUUUCUCAGAAGGGGAGCUGUUGUUGCAGGCCCUCAAUGGCUUUGUGCUGGUGGUCACCGCCGAAGGUUACGUGUUUUAUGCGUCUCCAACUAUACAGGACUACUUGGGCUUCCAUCAGUCGGAUGUGGUCCAUCAGAGUGUAUUUGAGCUCAUCCAUACAGAUGAUCGGGCAUUGUUCAGAAGGCAACUACACUUCGCUCUCAAACCCACUUUGUGCGACAGUAACGAUGGAUCUGAAGCAAUGCAAAGCAGCAGUGACAUCACCAGAGACAUGGUAAACUACAACCCUCAACACAUCCCUCCAGAAAACUCAUCCUUCUUGGAGCGAAGUUUCUGUUGCCGAUUCCGGUGCCUCCUUGACAACUCAUCAGGCUUUCUAGCCCUUAACUUCCAGGGGAGGUUGAAAUAUCUCCAUGGGCAAAACAAGUUGGCGGAAGAUGGGACCUUGGCCCACCCUCAACUGGCUCUUUUUGUCAUAGCCACACCCCUCCAGCCACCCUCUAUAAUGGAGAUCAGGAGCAAGACUCUUCUCUUCCAAACCAAACACAAGCUGGACUUUACACCUAUGGGUGUUGACACAAGAGGAAAGGUGGUUCUUGGCUACACUGAGAUUGAGCUGUAUGAGGGCUCCGGUUACCAGUUUAUUCAUGCAGCUGACAUGAUGCAUUGUGCUGACAACCACAUCAGAAUGAUCAAGACUGGUGAAAGUGGUUUAACUGUCUUCAGACUUCUCACAAAAGGGGGUACAUGGAUCUGGGUGCAGUCCAAUGCUAGGCUUGUUUAUAAAGGAGGAAGACCAGACUUCAUUAUUGCUCGACAAAGAGCACUAACUAAUGAGGAGGGUGAGGAACACCUCCGUCAAAGGAAGUUGCAGCUACCCUUUAGCUGUGCCACUGGUGAGGGUGUCCUAUAUGAGGUUGGCCCCACACUGGACAUCGCUGACAUUCAAAAUCCAAGCGCAGGCCAGAAGAUGCCUCCAUCUCUGGACCCAGAUUCUCUUCUCGGCUGCAUGCUGAAGCAGGAUCAUGCUGUCUACAACCAGAACAGUGACCCCAAUUCCCAGUUUACUCUUGACAAGGCUUUCAGGGAUAGCCACGCCCUGCUCAGUAUCCCUGGGAACACCUGGCAGCAGCCAACCCCAAGCGCUGUGGCUGAGAUAAAAGAGGAAGGUGUGGUAAAGGACAUGAUGGAAACCUUGCAACAAAUUAUUGGGGACAGCAGUAUUUGCGGCCUUCAGGGUUUUGAUGUGGAUGAAUCGGACCUGAAGGAGUGGGAGAACACUCUGCUCAAGUUGAACUACAACAACGAUAUGGAACUUACCGAAAUCUUCACUGACGACAUCCUCUCAUAUGUCGAGGAUGCUCUCUUUAAGAAAAAUGGCGUUCAGUUGCCCGAACAACUCAAGGGCCAGGGUCCAUUUGUUGAAGUGCCCGAGUGUCUUCCAGAGAUGGAGUUAUCGAAUAACUUAGCUGCUAACCAGGAAUUCAACUGCCAUGCAGAUAUGCUUGUUGGGUCUCCAGGUCAGGGUGGGUUCAUUGGAAUGAACAUCCAAGAUGGAGUGAAUGUCAGUAGCCCUGGAAGAGGGAUGGUGAAGCUCACCCAUAUGGGGCCACAGAUGCUACCUGGCGAAACUUUCGUCCAAGCAUUCGGACUGGAACAGACCCAGAAGAUGCCCAGCAAUAAUAAUAUUAUGUUUAAUCCUUCUCUUGCCAUGAGUCAGCAGCUGAACCAAAUCAGGCUUGGUCCAGUGCAAGAGAAUGGAAUGGUGCCACGUAGCCAGAGAAACCUACAGACCGAAAACCAGCCCCAUCACAACGCAAUGACUCUCCCUCUUCAAAGUCAGUCAAUGGCCUUCCACGGCCAUAAUUCCCUUCCUCAACAACCGUCAAUCAAUCAGAACUCUCAGUGGGUGUCCGACAGCAACAAUAUGGUGGAUAACCUGCUGAACCCUUGUACCCGUAAUGUUUCAGGUGUACAAGAUGCAGGACUGCACUCUGGCCCAACUGCCCAACUACAAGGACAGUUUUCCCUUCACACUCAAAAUGCUGCCAAUCCAGGACUGCCUAGCUGGCAGCAGUCACAGCCUACCCCUCAACAGGUCUCUAAAUCGUUUUCUAGUGGGCAACAGAAUAUGACGGGCUUCAUCGGCCAAGUUACAGACUUGCAAAGAGACAUGCUUGGAGAACUGAUGACGCACACAAACGCACAAGGAUUUGGGUCUGGUUUCCUGCCCCAGACAACUGCAAAUAGCAUCUAUCCCCAGCAAGGAGAGAUUAUCAACAGCAGUCCUCAUCAGACCACCAACAGCUGCAUGUUCAUAAGUGGUCCUCAGCCGCCAGUGAACGGGAUGCAGUAUGGUUCUGCAGAUCCGGUAUCUUCAAUGUCAUCCUGCCAGAGGGCUAAAGGUCUGGUUACCCAGAGUCCUACACAAGCAUCCUGCUACUACCAGAGAGGUCCUAGCAAGUCAAUUACGGGCACAUCAGUCAUCCCACAAGAAGACACCAACAUCAGCCCCAUGGCCUGUCAAGUCCCACUUGGGUUAACUCCAGAUAACAUGCUUGCUCAGCAGUAUCUCUCCUGCAACGGUCAGACACAGAUCGUAAACCGUCCACUUGAGGAGAAGGGGACGUUCCAUUUUCCCCCGCUGGCCAAUGGAACCACCUACUUUUCCGAGAACAACCAAAGCAAUUGCUGUGACUAUUAGUGGUAGAUCACACUCAACACAGUGACUGACACAUCAACAGUGCUGUACCUGUUUUAAAUACAGCAACUCAUUUGUCCCUCGAGAGACAUGUAUCUGCUUCUAAAGACACUCUUGGCUGAAAACCUGCAAGACAUUACAGAACUUUAAAAAGCGAUUUUACCACACAUUUUUUCCUUGCACUUAUCUACUUAUUCACACCCUCUCUAAUGAGAAAUGAGCAGUGGCAGAAAAAAUAUAUAUUUAUUUUUUUUAAGCACGUCCUUUCAUCCCUGAUGAAUGUUGUUUUGCCAUUCUGGCAAGGAAAAAGAGUGAGAUAGCAAGUGUAAUGGCAAGGAGAGGUGUGUAAGCAAGUGUGUGUUUGUGUGUAUGCGAGGCAGCCUAGAGUUCAUUUAUGAAGUAUGCAGAAGCAACGGUGGAAACUUUGGAUUCCAGGGAUGCGAUUCUGAGGAAAGGUGCACACAAGAUGCUAUUUAUCAGGGUAAAGUUCUACUCAAAAAGGGAAAGUCUGUCUCUAUGCACUUAAGAAGGUGAAAUUGACCAUCUGUAGACCUUUAACCUUAGUGUUAUCAGUGUACCCUACUUUAUGGAAAGAAAUGAAUACUCUACUGAUGGCCUCUGUGGCACCACUGGACUGUCAGAGCAGAUCAUUGAUUUGAUCAUUACUGCAAAAUUGUCCCAGAACUUCCCCGAAGCUCCACCUACUGCAGGUUGUAAAGUUGCCCAAAGAAAAAUUUGGGCCUACAAAAUGAAUAGUUCCACAAAAUAGGCCACAUAUUCUUCUACAGAACACUUUUUCCAUUCAAAGAGUAAAAUAGAAACCGUAACGCCUUUAGUACCGUCUGCUCUUGCCACCCUUUUAUGGUUGUGUUAACCAUAUGUUUCAUGUGUAUUACAACAAUAUCUGAAUGUUAUCGCUUAUCAUUUAUUGUACAGUUUUUUUUUGUUUAAAAAUUGUCUUUUGUACUUUUUUUAUGCCUAUAAUCGACAUUAUGGAAAUGCCAUUGAGCCAUUUUUGUCCACUUUUAAUUUGCUAAUUACGCUCUUGCUUUAACACUUAUAUGGAGGAAUUCUAGGAAUUCUUAAGUCGUGUUGCGUGCCAUGAGAAUCACAGCAGCCAGCGAAUCCUGCCUCCAGAAGAAAGUAGCACACGUAAGUCUGCAAGAUGUCUGUUAAACCACUUGAUCUGAAAAGCAUCUGCUGUGUACAAACGUCUGACAGACGUCUUUCAGAUGUCAGUUUUACAUACAUUCUAAGUCACAAACAUCUUAAAGACAUCUAUUUGACAUCUGAUAGGAAACGUCCAGUAGACGUACUGCAGAUGAGCAAACACUCUAAAAAAAAAAUACUUCUUGCAGAAGUAAAUGCAGACUUCAAAUAGACAUCUCCAUGAUGUACGUGUGCUAUCAGUGGUAAAAUUGACAGAAACUGAGUUUUCUGAAGACUAGUCAACAAGAAGGAUCCCAAAAGUAAAUGUUUGCUGCGAGAUUUGAUUGUUUUUUUGUUUUUUUAAUGGCCACAGUGAAAGUCUUUACUUGUUCUUGGUCAAUCAGGAAAUAACAGCAACAGCCAAAAAGUUUACAACAAGCACAACGAAUGUGCUGAAUGAAUCAUUCGGAAUCGGAAAAGUAGUUUUGUGUAAAUUCUACGCAUUAAAUUGAACGCGAUAUUUACGGUAGGCCAAUUUGUGCCUUAUUUUGGAAGAAUAUAAAGCCAUUUGGUUCAAUUGUAUCAGCACUUUGAAUGUGUAUAUAAACCAAAACAUAUUUGUAUAAAAUUCUGUAGCUAUGGAAAUACGUCUGAUUGGUUUCAUUGUACCAAACGAAUCACUACCUACGCUUUAAUUUUGUUAAUGUUUUCGACAGCUGUUGCUUCUGAGAUUUCUUCAUUCUCCCUGCAGUAAGAACAGAGAGUAUGGUGUGAUAAUAACAGCGAAUAUAUACAACCCUCAAAACUCGGUCACCCGAAGCCUUUUUCCUUUCAUCAUUUGAAAUGGGAACACUGUGUGCCUUAAUUUCUGUCUGCCCAAAGGAUAUUUCACUUAGUUUUUCCCUCCCGUUUUCACUCUUAUUGGACGAAAUGAUCGUGGCUUGCAGAGGAGGAAAGGAAUUGAAAAGGCAGCUAUAAUUGAAUCUGAGAAGCAAUGUUUUUUAACGACUGGUUGUUGUUAGCAUGGACGGAAUCGAUUACGCUAGUUUGCUAAGUGUUGUACAUAGCCUCACAGUUCAAGAGUUACAGGACACUUUCUGCCCGUUUGUCUUCUUAAGUGCCUUAAAACAGCUUUCGUUUUCCGAAAUUUGCGACCUUUUUUUCCUCUUUUUGUUUUCAUACCGAAAGCUAAAGGAGUUGUUGGCUUUAAUUUGAUGUAAAUAAGAGCGUUCUGUAUUUUAUUGCCAGAUGUCUGCUGGCUAAGAGAAGAGGCUAGUGAUCGCUAGAAGACUGUGGGAUGGUUGGUUAAUGGAUGAUCAGUUGGCUGAUUGAUUCAUCCGUUUAUCACUCGACAGGUUGAUUACGCACAAAUAAUAGCGAUGGAUUUGGUUAGUUUGCAAGCUUUAAAAUAUCUAUAACGCCACGUCCUUACCUUGCGCAAGGUAGCUCCGUCCACAGUGCUAUGUAUUAAAGCAGUGGUUCUCAAAUGGUUUUGCUUCAGUACUCAGAUUUUACAGUGGCGUUUAUUGUACAAAAGCCAUAUUCAGUUUAAUUUGCUAGGAAUGACAAUGGCUCUUUUGUUUUGCUAAUUUCAUAGUUGGCGUUUUAUGUGUAUUAAAUACUCGCAGUUAAAUGUUUUCACACUUUUUGUGUGAAAUUCAAAAUAACGCACAAUUUUUUUUUUUUUUUAAGAUCUAUUUUUUCUUUGCUUUGCUUACUUAAAUGCCCUUUAUUUAAUAUGACGUUAUAAUAAUGUUAAUUUAAUACUGAAUAAAUAUGAACUAUUAAUCACCGAGGAAGUCGCUGUUUCAAACACAUUGUGGUGUCUGGUUCAUAUUUUACUAACCAAAACACACCCGCGACGUGAAUUUUAUCCCGUGACCCACCAGUUGAGAACCACUGUAUUAAAUAUCUAAACAUUUGUUGUCAGUCUAAUAAAAGUCGAAUUACUAAUUGCGUAAUUCUGUAUGUCUACUUAGGAGGCUGUUUUAGACAGUUUCAUGACUUCAUUAAGGUGCCUGAAUAUUAGUUAUUUGUCACUAGAGGUUUAGUGGUCCAGAAAAUGACCCUUUCGUUUUCUAUGCUUGCAAGUGCCCUUAAAUAAAAACGGGUUAGCAGCACCAGUAAACGAUGAAUUGACCUCACUAACAGCAUUGAUAUCCCCCAGUGCCAAAAAAAAAAUCGUUCAUACACGCAAUUGUUAGGACGUCCUCCCUUUCACCACUAAACUACGAGUCCUUUAGGAAUAAAUAACUGCACUUAACACUUACAAUGCCUGUUUCUUGCAUAACGACGUGUUUGUAAGGCCUCUCUACAUGCAGUAUCUUUGUUUAUUUGUUGUAUAAUUGUGUUUGUUUCUUUUGCUUGUGCAUCCCGCAUUUUAAAUGCUUUUACUUGUACUUUGUAUCUUUUUUGUGCAGUGUUCCGCACAACUGUAAAAUCUGUAUGCGUAAAUUGAUGUCCCACAAAUACCGGCUAUUCACACAUCUAUAUUAUAUAUAUACAUAUAUAUAUAUCUAUAUAUAAAAUAUAGCUCUCGUUUGUUUUGUAUUUGUAUUAUCAAAUGAUUCUUUUUGUUGUGCCUCUCAUUGAUAUCUUUAUAAUAUUAAAAGAGGGUCGAUGACUUAA